GCCUCAAGCCUGUGCGGCUCAAGAAGAAAUGCGGUUUUGUUUGCUUUUCUGGCUGGCCUGCCUGGGAGAUGCCGCUGAUUCAGGGAUCCCCACUGUGGACUUGGUCCACACUCCCUGGUGGAUCCUUGCCGGCGUGACCCCUCAGGGGCCCAGCAUCGAUAUGGGUUCUUACAAUCUGACGAGCUUCUCCAAGACCCAGCAGGAGCAGUUCGGCGUGAACCAGCACGGGCAGAUCGUGAAGUGGUCCCGGUUCACCACCGCCACGGCGGCCUUGGCGCCCUGCGCGGAGCCGGUCACAGUGCAGCACGGCCUCAACGAGGCGCAGAUGAUGCGUUUGCUGGGCCAUGCGCUGGACGUCGCCUGGCGCCGCGCGCAGCUGGAGGAUCCGCAGCUGCGGAUGUGGAUGGAGAAGCGCAGCAGCUGUCAGAGGGGCUGCAUGGUAAAGGUCAUCGGAGCGUGAGCCUGAAAACGCUCUGGGCCGUUGGGGAGCUGCUAACAUCCGCAGGGCGAGGCGCCUUUGCCAAGGCGCUGGAGUCCGCGAUGCGUGCGUGCUACCCCGGCUUCCGCACGCUCAACGUGGAUAGCGUCAUUGAGAAGGUGGCGACUUAUGUGGGGCUGGAGUUGAGGAGGACCCACCCAGACAUGGCUUCGAAAUCUGGCUUCGCCCCUUCACGCUCCUUACAGAGCGACAUUGAGCCCUGCCUGACGCAUGCUGAUGAGAGCCGGCAGUCCUUCGUCGAGCGGAUGGAGAGCUCGGUGCAGUCCGCGCUUGAGGAGGCAAGGCGCAGGAGCUGGCAUCUGCUGGAGCAUGAUGCCCGGCCAUGCCAGCAAAGCUGCCAGAAGUCGGUGCUGCGCCAAACAGUGCACACGCUUUGGGACUCUGGUCUCCUCUCCUUGGGGAACUCCGAUGCCCUGGCGCUGACAGCCCUUCAGGGCGCGAUGGCUGCCUGCCUUCCGAACCUUCCAGAGAAGGAGGCGGCAGAACUGGCGGGGGAGGCGCUCAUGCGCUUUCAAGCGACUGCUUCCCAGGCGCAGCUGCCGGGGCUUUACGGCGACUGCACGAGGCAACGGCGCUGCUCCGGGCAUUCGGUGCAGUGCUAUGCGCAGAAUCACUUCUACGCCCAGUGCCUGCGGAGCUGCCCGGAGAACUGGGACUGCAGCUCUCCGCUGGUGACCUGACGCGGUUUCCGAAAAAAAGGAAAAAACAAGAACGCCACAUGUCACCCGUGGUGCGCCAGACAAGCAGGAGCCUUGCCCCGGCACCAGGUGUAAGCAGAGGGG